AUGACGGAAGCCUCUGCGGUCUUCAAGGACAUCCCAGAGCUGUUUGAAGUAGACCUCGGCGAGGCUCUAACUGCUCGGACGGAGAGUCUCUCAACAUUCAGAGAAUUAGGCCCACCAGACCUUUGCCACGUCGUUAAAAGCACAGGAAAAGCUGGCCAGCGAGAUAUUGGAUCGUACCACUAUGUCUCGGGCGUUGACGCUUCCUCGUCAGCGUCUCUUGCAGCCUACAUCAACUCGCUCACAUACGCGAUCGAGGAUUCUGGCGCGUGGUUUUCCAAGACUCCUGUUUGGAAGGUCCGCAACGGAUGUUAUUGCUGUUUCAACGCCUUUUCGCGCGUCGACUUUCGGGUAGACGUCAAGAUUCCGGGAGGAGUCAAUGCUUAUGUUGUGGAUUUGCGUGGCGAGAGGCAUGAAGCAACGCCGGAAAUGUGGCAGGAAACUUAUGUCUCUGCAUUGCUUCGUGCCAUUCUCUACUCGGAUGACCCCGCGCACUCUCUUGACGCCUACCGAAAACUCGAUCCUAUCACUACUCUGGAGGGAGAAUUACGCUUCUUGUCUGCGGCAGAAGCAUUAUUCCUGAAAGGCUGGCAAGUUGGAUCAGAUCCAGAAAUCCAAGUUGCAUCCGUCACGACAAAUCACUUGACCGCUGGCCUUCUCAAGUACUUUGGAACAUCUGGUCGGUGGCAGCAAGUAGCAAAUUUGUUUGAGAAGCUUUCUGUGCGUGAGCCAGAGGUAGCAUCGCUUCUGGCACAGGCCUAUUUGGGAAUGAAUGAGGAAGUUAAGGCGCUCAAUAUCAUGUCGACUGCCCUUCGUGGCGCACCUGGCCCUGCGUCAUACACCCUUCUACACGCGCAAUGCGAAUUCCUGCGAGAAAAAGGUCGCUCAGAUUGGGCACUUAAACUCGCCCGACAAGCCGUAAACGCUGCUCCCAGCGAGUUUGUCACCUGGGAGAAACUAACCGAGGUCUAUAUCGAACUAGGAAUGUACGACUCAGCGCUGUUGACCCUCAACUCUUGCCCCAUGUUCACCUUCAAUGGUCGUGACGCCCAUCGUCCGCUUACUCCAGCACGAAUUCACUUGCCUUUCCAUCGCUCUAUUGGAGAGAUUUUACCUGAUCGGGCCAAGACCGACGACGACGAAGCAGAUCCUGCCCUUCAACGCCUACCAGCGCCGGGUUUACGAGGAACCUGGGCACGUGCUUACUCGCUCCUCACACGACUCGUUUCGCAGAUCGGUUGGGAUGAGUUGCUUAAGACACGGAGUGCUGUUUUCGUGAUGGAAGAGGAAUAUCGAAUGCAAAAGGCGCAAACAGAGAUUGUGAACCAUAUGAGGUCACAAUCCGAGCCCGAUUCUAUCGAAGGUUCUACGUUGGCGGAGAACGGCAACGACCACGAACAUGACGAUGCCUCUACAAGGGGUAUGGUCAGCCCUGCUGUAUCAAAUGUGACGACGCCAACUAGUCCGCACGCGCCAGAGAUACCGGUGAACGGGACCGUAAACGUUGCCGAAAAUGGGAUCCCAACAAUCACUAUCUCGACAGAGAACGAUGUGGAGAAGGAAAAGGAGCAAGAGAAAGAAAAAGAAAAAGACGAAGAAACAGAGGAGGAACAGAAUGGCCAAGACGGACUAGGGGAAACCGAGAGUGAGACGCUCGCCCAUGCAGCAGACUCGCUAGAGCGGCCGACUCAAGCUGCGGCAGGUGAUGAGGAGGACAAGAAGGAGCCUCAGGUUGAUGCUGCUCAGGAGCCGUUCUCGUUCAGUAAUAAACGGUUAUGUGAACGAUGGCUGGAUAACUUAUUCAUGGUUCUCUACGAGGAUCUGCGGGUAUGGACCAUUUUCCGCGCCGAGGUUGCCCAUUUCAAGACACAACACGUGGCAUAUCGGAAGACAGGCCUCGAGUGGGAGAUCCUAGGUGAUCUUGGGUUGCGCCUACAUCACAAGGAAGAGGCGAAAGAGGCUUACCAACGUUGUCUCGACACGUCCCGAUACUCCAUGAAGCCAUGGAGCAAACUGAUGGAGAUGUAUGCUGAAGAGGGCGACAUUCAGAGGUGUAUUCAGACGGCCAUUCGCGUUGCUGCCUAUCAAUACGCUGAAUAUACUGAAAUGACGUACCCGACACAAAUUGCGCGUUGUUUCUUUAAGCUUGGGACCGUUCAUGGCCAUGCCAAGAUAUCAUACACCCUUCUCAGUAUGGGUCUUCCUGAACCCAUCCUCAAAAUAAUGGAUAGCUACUUGCAGUACGGAAAGACCUUCAAAGUUGAAGGAUAUGAUUAUUAG